UUGCCCCAGCUACCACAGCUGCCCCAGCUACCACCGUUGCCCCAGCUACCACAGCUGCCCCAGCUACCACCGCUACCCCUACCACCGCAGCCCCAGCUACAACAGCUGCCCCAGCUACAACCGCAGCCCCAGCUACAACCGCUGCCCGAGCUACAACAGCUGCCCCAGCUACCACCGCAGCCACAGCUACCACCGCAGCCCCAGCUACAACAGCUACCGCAGCCCCAGCUACAACCGUUGGAGCUACAACCGUUGGACCUACAACAGCAGCCCCAGCUACAACCGUUGCCCCAGCUACAACAGCUGCCCCAGCUACCACCGUUGCCCCAGCUACCACAGCUGCCCCAGCUACCACCGUUGCCCCAGCUACCACAGCUGCCCCAGCUACCACCGCUGCCCCAGCUACAACAGCUGCCCCAGCUACCACCGCAGCCCCAGCUACCACCGCAGCCCCAGCUACCACCGCAG